CAGAGAGCAGAAAAUAGAGACUGCUACUUCAUAUUAUGCAUGGAUGGGGAGGGGUAGAGAGAUUCUAUAAAGUGUUCUAUUUUGUGGGAGACACUGAAGCAUUCAGAAAGGAAUCAGAGCUGCAAUUGUGUUUUCCACAGCUGGAAACCAUUCUCUCCCCCACUCUCACUCUUUCUUCAUAGCUCACUUUCCUUCUCUGCACUCCAUCGUCUGCAGCUUCAUAAGAUGAGAGCCUUAAACAUCCUAUUAGGAUUAUUAUUGCUGCUUCUAAGUAUCCUGUUGAACAGCCCCAUCAAUGCUACUGAUUUGGCGAAUAAGGUUAGAGAGUUUAUGGAUGAGGAUGCACUCAAAGAAUUUGGCACAGAGACAGGUGAACUGGUGAGGCAUCGAGCAAAAAGAGGUUCACAAGAUAAAACCCUUAAAAAAGCCUCUGAGGUCUAUCCCAGGCUUAUCCACCCACCUCCCAGCGGGAUGUCUGUGGUAAAGCAAAUUAACAAUGAUACUACUCUGUCCUCUACCUGGCAUCCUCAACUGCAGAACCCUUUGUAUCCACUGGGUGAUAGUUCCAUCAGUGCCUAUGGGGUGUUGUUGCUUUCUUUGGUGGUAUUUGCUGUUGGCAUCAUCAGCAAUCUAUCAGUCAUGUGCAUUGUGUGGCAUAGCUUAUAUCUAAAGAGUGCAUGGGACUCUAUCUUGGCUGGCUUGGCUCUAUGGGACUUUCUUUUGCUUUUUUUCUGUUUGCCUAUUGUUAUCUUUCAAGAGAUCACCAAACGACGGUUUCUUGGAGUAAUAUCCUGUCGAAUUGUACACUAUAUGGAGGUUUCCUCUCUUGGUGCUUCAACAUUUUCCCUCUGCGCUUUAGGAAUUGAUCGUUUUCAGUCAAUUACCUCUCCUCAGCCAUCAUCACGGCCACUUGAGGGAUGCCAGUCCAUUCUAGGCAAGUUAUCAGUUAUUUGGGUGGGGUCCCUGACCCUUGCAUUGCCAGAAAUCUUGCUGUGGCAGCUAACUGAGGAUGGUUCACCUGCAUCAGGAUUUGUAAGGCAGUCAUGUACAAUGCAUCCAGCCCCCAAUCUGCCACCUGUGUUGCAUUCUUUAGUUCUUACUUACCAACAUGCUCGUAUGUGGUGGCUGUUGGGCUGUUACUUCUGCCUUCCACUUCUUUUCACUAGCAUCUCCUUGUUGGUGACACUUCGUAUUGCGGAUACAACAAAAGACAAAAAAUAUGGACAGUGCCAGCGACAGCUCAGUUGGUUGGUGGCCAGUCUGGCUACUGUUUACGGAAUCUGCACUCUGCCAGGGAAUGUUACCAACAUCCUGGUGACCUAUACAAGCUUGAGUGUCUCUAAGGAUCUUCUGUCAUUUGUAACCGAGUUCUUUCUGUUCCUCAAAUGUGCCAUAUCACCAGUUAUACUCCUCUGCCUUUCCAAACCCCUAAGACAGGCAUUCCUGGAUUGUUGCUGUUGUUGUUGUGAUGAAAGAAAACCUGACUCUUUUAGAGAAGAAAGAAAGAAGCCUGUUGAUGAGCCCCAAACUCCUUUGUUCUGCAUUAAAGAAUCAGAGCUGCCUCUGGGGACACCGUGCUAAGCAAAACUACUUUUAUUUGCUUUUCCCAAACAUUGGAAUGUGUACCCCUCUGUAACCUGCAUAAUUAUAUAUUAUGUUAGUAUUCUGUGAUAUACAGUGAAUAUAAAUACACAGUUUGUAAUCCUUUUAAUGGACUGAAAGGAAAUUGCUGUAUUAGAAAAAGAUAACAGCUUCCUACUGCAAAAA